UACCGUAUCCGUAUGGUAUAUAGAUUAGUGUAUGUGUGCAGCUUAAGCUAGACGGAUGCCAGUGUGACACAUUGGCGCGCAAUUUAUACGUACCGCGGCAAAUUUAGGAGGUGGAGGGAAAACGUAUUUAGAAGUCACAUAGCUACGAGCAGGGCUACAGAGGAGAGACAUGGGAUUACUUGAGCAAUGCAAGGAGCUGUUCAAGACAUCAAGCCUCUAUGAGGUGCUUGGAGUGGCAAAGGGGGCAUCUGAAGGCGAUGUCAGGAGAGGUUAUUACAAACUGUCGCUCCUGGUCCACCCUGACAGGGCUCCAGAUGACCAGCUUGCAACCAAGAAAUUCCAGGCUUUGGGCAAGGUGUACGCGGUCCUGAGUGACAAAGAGCAGAGGGCGGUGUAUGAUGAGCAGGGCACGGUGGAUGAGGAGACAGACUCCCUGGGCCAGGACCGCAACUGGGAAGAGUACUGGAGGCUGCUGUUCCCCAAGAUCACGUUGGAGGACAUACUGGAGUUUGAGAAGAAGUACAAGGGCACGGAUGAGGAGGAGGAGGACGUGCGGCGGCUCUACCUGCAGCAUGAGGGAAACAUGGACUUGAUCAUGGCGUCCGCGCUCUGCUCCACCCAGGAGGACGAGCCGCGCAUCGCUGACAUCAUCCAGGGCGCCAUCGACUCCGGCGACCUGCCCGCCUUCCGCGCCUUCACCCACGAGAGCAAGCAGAAAAAGUCAGUGCGCAAGAGGAAGGCUGAUAAAGAGCAAAAGGAGGCUGAGGAGAUGAAGAAGGAGCUGGGUAUGAAGUCUGAUGACAGCCUAGUGGCCAUGUUGCAGCAAAGGCAGAAGUCCAGAGAGCAGGGGUUUAACUCGUUCCUGUCUGACCUGGAAGCGAAAUAUUCCAAAAAAGGAAAGGCCACAUCUGGAAAGAAAGGAAAGAAGUGACUGUUUCGAAGUGUAAUGCAUCAGUAAGUUUCGCUGCGUCAUGGAUCCAGUCAGUGACUGAAAAUUCUACUUUGAACAGUUAUAAUUAAAUAUUUAUUACCGGAAAAAAGUUAGUUUGGCACUUAAUGAAUCCCUGAGACAAUUGUUUGAAUAAUGCCAUUUUAAGGAUUAUUGUCCAUCUUAAAAUGUCUAGGUUUGAUUCUUAAAGAGGAAACCAAAAGUCUCAUCUUUAUAUGCAUGGUGUACAUAUGUAUCAUGAUGUGUAGAUUGUUCAAACUUGUCUAAGGGUUUAUCUAAUGGUAAUUCCCGUUCAACCAUGCAGUAUUCUGUGAUUCCGCUAAGCUUUUGGUCAGGUGAUUAUCAUAUGCAAUUUAUUGUUUUUUUGGAUAAUUCAAGCCAAAACUCGGGACUUUCAUGCUAAACAGCCCUCAGCUACAACUAAAACACCAAUAGCUAACCAUGACUAAAACAGUCAUUGACCUUAUAAAACUAAACAAUCAGGAAAACCUUUGUUGAAGUUAGGCAUUGUGUUUUUUGCUGUGUCAUUUUUAAAUAGACAGCUUAACAUCAGUGUUGGUCCCUUUGGGUCUGCCCAGUGACUGACAGAGUCCAAGAGGAUAUACAGUUAACAGCCCUUUUUGUCAGUAGUAUAUAAAAGCAGUCUCUUGUUGCUGGUUUAAUACUAACAUGAAAGGUGACCCAUAAUCUGUUCUCAUCUGUUAACAUCAAACGAUUCCAGUUAUUACAUGCUUAUGUUCAACAAGCACCCUAUGGUUAUUGAAUUAAAAUUAAACCAUUGUUUAAACAA